UCCCUGCCCCCCAGCCUCUCUGCCCUAUCCCUGCCCCAUUAUAGAGGCUGCGGCACUUACAUAUACACUCACACAGCACCCAGUAGUACCCUUGGCAGUGUGACUGGCUGCACCCACUGUGGGGCCCAGAGUUCUGUGCGGAUCCGUUUGGGCUGCAGGGAGACAGCAGACUUUAUUUGCAUGAAUAAUCAGUUGUGCUGCCGCACCCCCCCCCCCCCCCCCCCGUCGCUAUGUACAGUGGCACGAGCCCAGGAGUCCAGGAGUGUUCCAGUUCCCCAGGCUCCCCUAACCUGCACAAUGAUCAUCUACCUGCUCACCUUACUGGGUGCCCACCUUCCUCCCACCCUACAAGAUGACCCGGCCAUGUUCUCAGGACUGUAUUUUGUCACAGCAUUUAUGGAGGUGCCCCUGAUGGAAAACAACAAGACGAGGUUUGACCUUCUCCUGCAUGGGUUGAAUUGCUGUGCGGGGGUCUCUGUGAAAGUGCCCGGCACCAAUUUCUCUCAGUUCUACACACUGAGCCCAGGUCAGAUAGCCAACGUCCCAAUUCCCACUAAUGUCAUGCUUGUGGGCAGCUCACUCUUGUCCAGUUGUACUGUAGAGGUGUCUUCUACUAAGAGCAUCAUUGUUAUCUCCCAAGUCUGGACCCCCAAUGGGUUUGACUCAUCUUACGUGCUUCCUACCAGGUAUCUUGACUUAAACUACUUCAUCUUCACGCCUGUCUUUGAUUUGCCCGGAUAUUCCCAGUUUGCCAUUGUCAACCAGUAUUCUCCCACAUCUGUUAGUGUCACUAUUAAAGGUGGAGUCGUCAAGUUCGGUGGGCGAUCCUGGUCUCCUGGGAGCACCACAACCUUCACACUUGGCCCUUACCAGGCGGCACAGUUCCAGCUAAAGGGCAACCUCUAUGGCACAUCAGUCCAGGCUAAUAAUACGGUGGCAGUGCUAAGUGGGUACCAAAUCAACCAAACGAGCUUUAAGUACUAUAAUGGUUAUGUAUAUGAGCAACUGCUGCCCCAAUCUCGCUGGGGUAAAGCUUUUAUUGUCCCCUCGGCCAAUGUUCCACCACUGGGAGAUAAGAUGCAGUUAAUAGUUGCUGGGAUAACGGAUGUGACUGUGUAUAACGGUGAGGGGAAGAAAGACUACAGAGUGUAUAUGGGAAGCAUUCUAAACCUACCAUGCAACUCAUCUUCCCUUCAGAUUGUGGCCAACAGGACUGUGAUGGCCCUCUAUGUUAGUCCCGGCAGCACCAGUUCAGGAGACCCCGCUCUCAAGCCGUAUUUGGCCAAUGUGAUUCCUGUUGAACAGUUUGAGACACUGCAGGUCGUUCAUGCCCCGUCCACCCUCUCCACCCAUCUCCUUGUGAUAACCAACUGGGACGAGUACAGAGCAGUAACGUUGGAUGGAAGCUCCUUCCCAGCUGAUGUGAAGUGGAACAAAGUCUUGUCAGGUGGAGACAGCUAUGCUUGGGUGGAGGUGGCACUUAGUCCCGGCUCUCACUUUGUUUGUCAGGUAUCGGAGGAGAAGGUUUGGGCAACAGCCUACAGCUUCAGUGGCAGAGCAGGCUCGCCCAUUCCUGUUGUUGGAAAGAACUUCUCUGUCUUUGGAUCCAGUUCCUGCUCAAACACUGGAUACCAGUUAGGGGAGGACAGUUCAUCCACCCUCAAGCCCAAAUCCACCAUUGGAUCCAGUGUCAGUUCCACACCUUCAUCCUACUCUACUGCAAGGGCACCAGUUGGCUCUACAGGGCUCCUGAAUGCCAGAAACCUCAGCGUGGUGGCGGCUCAGCUCGGAUGGUGGGACGCUUUACGUUAUUGCCGUGAAAAUGGCUCAGAUCUGAUCAGCAUCCCAGACCUCGAGACCCAAAGGCUGCUGGAGGCGGUACCCAAGAACAUAUCUGGGCUGGGACUUUGGAUUGGCCUUCGCAGGCACCGAGUGUGGGGGACCCUCUAUUGGACGGAUGAGACCCCUGUGAAUUACACAAACUGGGGGGAAGGGCAGCCUAGUGACCCCACCCACAAGUUGUGUACAGUGCUGUCUGUAGCGGGGGGUCUCACCUGGAGGGCUGAGUGCUGCGGCACUAAACUGAGCUUUAUCUGUAACUGAGCCCCUCAGGGCAUCGCCCCAACCUCUGAGCACCACUUACUGCCACCUACAGAGGCACAAUAGCUGUGUAUUUACCAUUAGAAUCACUUGUAUUUGCACCAGUGAGGGAAGUGCCCCGAGGCAGGAAAGUCCGAGGCCAAUAAAGUGCAUUCACCUA